GCGCCGGCUUCCGGUGUCGCGUAGUUUCCGGAGCGGAUCGGAACCCGGAGUCCGGAUCCGAUCCGGGUCUGGCCAUUCCCCAGGCAGGUUUAAAAAUGGCUGGAGAUGGCAGUGAUGAGACUAUGUUUAUCUGGUGCGAGGACUGUGGGCAGUACCAUGAUUCAGAGUGUCCUGAACUUGGCCCAGUGGUGACAGUCAAAGACUCUUUUGUAUUGAGCAGGGCAAGAUCAUCUCUGCCUUCUAAUUUGGAGAUAAGACAACUGGAAGAUGGGACUGAAGGAGUGUUUGCUCUGACUCAGCUAGUGAAACGUACACAGUUUGGCCCAUUUGAAUCCAAGAGAGUUGCCAAGCUGGAAAAAGAAUCAGUUUUUCCCCUGAAGGUGUUCCAGAAGGAUGGGCCCCUGGUAUAUUUUGACACCUCAAAUGAAGAUGAUUGCAACUGGAUGAUGAUGGUGCGACCAGCCACCGAAUAUGAGCAUCAAAACUUAACUGCCUUCCAGCAUGACAAUGAUAUUUACUUCACUACCUCUCAGGACAUCCCACCAGGAACUGAGCUGCGAGUGUGGUAUGCAGCUUUUUACGCCAAAAAAAUGGAAAAGCCAGUGCUGAAGCAGGUCUCUAGUAUUGCCAAUGAUACGUGCUUGGUAGUGAUGGAUUCUGAUAAAGAGGGAAAUAAAACAUCUUCAAAACCUUCAUCUGCUGUCUUCCCCCAUAAAAAAACGAAGAAAUCCAGCCUAUUAGCAGCUGAUCCAGCAGUGAACACUCCAGAAGGCAGUGGAGGUGUAGAAGCAGAGUCUAGCCAGUGGACAUGUAAAGUGUGUUCAUCUGCAUUCCAGGAGCCUCAUCUGCUGACAGAGCACUUGCUGAGUCACCUGGAACAAGCUAAAGGUGCCCCCCAAACCAGCCAAAAUGAGGCUGUUGCAGAGAAAGCAGCAGAAGCUUCUCCUGUGGAUCAGCCAGUGACUUGUGAUGCAGCCAGUGCCAGUACAGACUCAAGGAGGAAGGCCAGGCGGGGAAGAAAGCCCAAAACAGCAAAAGCAGAAACACCUCUUGUUGCUGAAGAGAGAGAUUCUGCAGUGGAACGUGUAUCUGACAUUGUAACUCAGGUCCCACCUGGAGAGGGAGCCCUUCCUUCAGCUGCAGAAGAAAGGAUUAUGGAAUUGGUUUUAGGAAAGAUGCCUAGCACCACAAAUAGCAUCAGUUCAGUGACAAAUAGGUUUGCUCAUCACCAAAACUCCAUGUCCCUCAAAAGAAGUUUAAUUCUCUCCAGUAGACAUGGUAUACAGCGGAAAAUGAUAAAACAGCUUGGGGAGCACAAGCGAGUCUAUCAAUGCAGUAUCUGCAGUAAGAUCUUCCAGAACAGCAGCAACCUCAGCAGGCACAUCCGUUCUCAUGGUGACAAACUAUUUAAAUGUGAGGAGUGCGCAAAGCUGUUCAGCCGUAAAGAGAGCUUGAAGCAGCAUGUUUCAUACAAGCACAGCAGGAACGAAGUUGACAGUGAGUACAGAUACAAGUGCACCACGUGUGAAAAGGCCUUUCGGAUAGAGAGUGCAUUGGAGUUCCAUAACUGCAGGACAGAUGACAAGACAUUCCAGUGCGAGAUGUGUUUCAGAUUCUUUUCUACAAACAGUAAUCUCUCAAAACACAAGAAGAAGCAUGGAGAUAAGAAGUUUGCUUGUGAAAUCUGCAAUAAGAUGUUUUACCGGAAGGAUGUCAUGCUAGACCAUCAAAGACGACACUUAGAAGGGGUGAGGCGUGUGAAAAGAGAAGACUUUGAGCACAACACGGAAAACAUGGUUCGCUACAAGAAGGAGCCUUCAGGAUGCCCUGUGUGUGGGAAGGUAUUUUCGUGUAGAAGCAAUAUGAACAAACACCUGUUAACACAUGGGGACAAGAAAUACACUUGUGAAAUCUGUGGACGUAAAUUUUUCAGAGUGGAUGUGUUGAGAGAUCACGUUCAUGUCCAUUUUAAGGACAUAGCACUAAUGGAUGAGUACCAGAGAGAAGAGUUCAUUGGUAAAAUUGGAAUCUCAUCAGAGGAAAACGAUGACAACUCUGAUGAAAGUGCAGAUUCUGAGCCUCACAAGUAUAGCUGCAAAAGGUGCCAGCUGACUUUCGGCAGAGGGAAGGAGUAUCUGAAGCACAUCAUGGACGUGCACAAGGAGAAAGGCUAUGGCUGUAGCAUUUGCAACCGACGUUUUGCCUUGAAGGCAACUUACCAUGCACACAUGGUCAUUCAUCGGGAAAACCUGCCUGAUCCUAAUGUGCAGAAAUACAUCCAUCCAUGUGAAAUCUGUGGAAGGAUCUUUAACAGUAUAGGAAAUCUGGAAAGACAUAAGCUUAUACAUACAGGUGUAAAAAGUCAUGCUUGUGAGCAAUGUGGCAAAUCAUUUGCUAGAAAAGACAUGUUAAAAGAACAUAUGCGAGUCCAUGAUAAUAUCCGAGAAUACUUGUGUGCAGAAUGUGGCAAAGGAAUGAAGACGAAACAUGCACUUCGUCACCACAUGAAACUUCACAAAGGGAUUAAAGAAUAUGAAUGCAAGGAAUGUCACCGAAAAUUUGCACAGAAAGUCAACAUGUUGAAGCAUUACAAAAGACACACAGGAAUCAAAGAUUUCAUGUGUGAGCUUUGUGGCAAGACGUUUAGUGAAAGAAACACAAUGGAGACUCAUAAGUUGAUUCAUACAGUAGGAAAACAGUGGACAUGUUCAGUCUGUGAUAAGAAGUAUGUCACUGAUUACAUGCUGCAGAAGCACAUACAGCUUACUCAUGAUAAGGUAGAAGCCCAGAGCUGUCAGCUGUGUGGGACAAAGGUUUCUACCAGAGCGUCCAUGAGUCGACAUAUGAGGCGUAAACAUCCAGAGAUUCUGUCGGUGAGGAUUGAUGAUUUAGAGCAGCUGCCAGAGACUACUACCAUUGAUGCCUCCUCAAUUGGGAUUGUUCAGCCAGAAUUAGCCUUGGAACAGGGAGAAUUACCAGAAGGGAAACAGCAUAUGAAAGCUCCUAAACGUGGUCAGAAACGAAAACAAAAGUCAGGUGAGGAGGAGGAAGCUCAAGUGCCUGAGGACCCUGCCUUCAGUGAAUACACAGAGAAGGAAGGUGAAUUCACGGGAAAUGUUGGAGAUGAGACUAAUUCAGCUGUCCAGAGCAUCCAGCAGGUGGUGGUGACCCUUGGCGACCCAAAUGUCACAGCCCCUUCCAGUUCUGUUGGGAUGACAAAUAUCACUGUUACACCCAUUACAACGGCUGCUGGAACCCAGUUCACAAACCUCCAGCCCGUGGCUGUGGGCCAUCUGACGGCUCCUGAACGCCAGCUGCAGCUGGACAACUCAAUUCUCACCGUGACAUUUGACACUGUCAGUGGUUCUGCCAUGCUGCACAACCGCCAAAAUGACAUUCAGAUCCAGCCACAGCCAGAGCCAGCCAAUCCUCAGUCUGUGGCCCAUUUUAUAAACCUGACCACUUUGGUGAACUCCAUUGCUCCUCUAGGGAACCAGAUAACAGAACAGCAUCCUCUGACGUGGAGGUCAGUGCCUCAGACUGAUGUCUUGCAGCCCCAGGCGCAGCCAACGCAACAGCAAUCAGGACAGCAACAGGUUCAAACAGAGCAACAACAGCAGAUGUAUAGCUACUAAUUUAUACUUCAACAAAUUUUGAAAUGGACAGUACUCAGAGACAAAAAACACACAGACGUUUGGAAAAUUUCUAAUAGGAUUGUUUGCUGGAUACCAAACAGAGAUGGGCAAAUGUUUAUAUAAUGAAAUGUAAGCUAAAAUUGGCAUAGCACCCUGCAACACCCUGACCUUGAGAUUCUCACACUGUCUCCAGACCUUGCACUGUCUUAAAAAAAGAAAGAAAAAUUAAAUCUCACCAUAAAUUUA